CUCUCUCUCUCUCUCUCUCUAAAUACUUUUCUCUCUCUCUCUCUCUCCAUUUUCCCUUUAUAUUUUUCUCUACUAUUUCUCUUUAAUUUCCGCAAAAAAUCCAUCCUUUUGUUCUCCUUCUCCUCCUCUCCUCGCUCUCGCGAUUCACAUUUUUUUGUGUGUUUUUUGUGCAAAAGGAGGCAUUUUUGUUGUGGAUUUGGUGAAGGGAGGUGCCGGGGCCGGAGGGUUUCCUCCAAGGGCUGUUUGAUUCUUUACAAGAUGGGCUGUUUCACUGUCUUGAGAUCGAGGAAGAAGAGAAACAUGCAUGUAGUAAACAAGAAACCCAUCACCGUGACUGAAAGCACUGCAUCGAGACUCCCUGAACCCGAAUCAAGUGGACCAUCCUUGCAGUCUGCCCCUCCUAGUUUCAGAAAUAGGACGAAAAUCUCACAACCAGCUAAUAAAAUGUCUAACAGCAGAGUGCGGGCAUUAUCCGCUCCUUCGAGCCUUAUUGUGGAUGAUCAAGAUGCUCUGGUAACAAUUGAAAUCGAUGAUCAAGAAGAGAAUAGGGGCAAAGGAGGGGGUGCGGUAAAGGAACAUAGGUUUUCAAAUCCUUUACCUCUGCCUCGUCCAUCUCAGGAAGACACGUCGGUUUUGAAGAAUUUCGGGAGCUUCAAAUCCAGCAACAACUUUAGUGGGCCGAUUGUCACUUCUGGUCCGCUACCGUUGCCUCCCUUGGGGGCGAGUGGGCUUCGGAACUUCUCUUAUGAAGAGGUCUCUUCUGCUUGCCAGCUUUUUUCCAGUGAUCGAUGCAUGUCAGAAGGCAUAAUGACAACUGUGUAUAAGGCGACUUUCGGAGAUGAUACUGUUGGAUCCAAGAAAGUCGAAGCUACAGUUACUCGAUUACUUCCCUCCUCUCAGGGUUUGAAGGAAUUUGUGAAUGGGGUGAAUAAGCUUGCAUCACUGCAGCAUCCAAAUCUAUGUAAAUUGCUUGGAUUUCAUGCACAAGAGGGUUCAAAUGAACGGAUGUUGGUUUAUGAGAGGCUCUAUCAUGGUAGCCUGGAUAGGCUAAUCUAUGGCAGAUCCGAUGGCCCAUCGAUUGACUGGGCUACAAGGAUGAAAGUUGCUCUCUGCGCCGCACGUGGACUAGCAUUCUUGCACGAGGAAGGGCCUUUCCAGGCCAUGUACAACGAGUUCUCAACUUCAAAUAUACAAAUUGACAAGGAUUUCAGUGCAAAGCUGUCGGGAUAUGGUUUUGCGAGCUGCGAUACUGCGGCAGAUAUCUCAAAUACAUCUACGGCUACGGCGAACCUGUCGGUGGAGACGUUGGAGAAAGGCUUACUAACACCCAAGAGCAACGUAUGGAGCUUCGGUAUCGUCCUUCUCGAAUUACUCACCGGAAGGAAGAACCUCGACCCCCGCUGCCCGAAAGAAGAACGGAACAUCGUCAAGUCGACGCGUCCUUUCCUAACCGAUGACUGCCGCCUCUCCCUUAUAAUGGAUUCCCGCAUCAAAGGCCGGUUCCCGCCGAAGGCCGCUCGCACCGUGGCAGACUUAGCCGUGAAAUGCCUUCAGAAGGACCCCUCUGAGAGGCCCACGAUGAGAGCCGUCGUCGAUGCGUUGACGAACGUGCAGGACAUGAAGUACCCGUGCCGGUACCCGCUUCAGGAGCCUUCCGCCGUCCAGGGAAAAGUAAUGCUGAAAUCUCCGAGCCUCAAUGGGAUUGUUGCGUCGCACGCUUCGAACUUUUCACCCUCGCCCCCGUCGAAGGCGCAGAUUUCGCUCUCGCCCAGAGCGUCGACUUCCGUGCCACUCCCCCCUCAGACUUGUUCGUCGAUGAUUACGUUGGACGAGGCUAGGGUGGCAAGCACUGCUAGAAAAUCCGCUUCUUCUGUUCUGCCGAGGCCCGGUGUUGAAGGAUUUUGAUUGUUUAUAUGAUUUUUAGUUAUUCCUUAUUAUUUUGUUUCUUUGUUUUUGCUUUUACUUUUGGCUUUUUAAGUGUCGCGAUUUAGCUUUAUAUAUAAAGUAUAAGAUAUGAUGUAUGGUCACUUAAUGCACCAACCCUGCAGUAAAGAGUUAAAAAGGGGUGGUUUAGAAUCUGUAGAUAAAUGAAGAGUGUAAGCCUUUUGACUGUGAAUGGAUACAUUUAGAAUUCUAAAAUGCCUCUACUUA